AUGUUGGCUGACGAUCCAUCUCAACAGAUUACUUAUUCGGAUCUGCAUAAGCAAACCUAUGCUCUCGCAAGCUUCCUAUCAAACAGUGGCAUAGGACAUCUAAACGUGUGCUGCAGUGUGCUUCCCAGCUGUAUAGAGUUUGUUCCAUCAUAUUUGGGCACUAUGAUGGUAGGAGGUGUUAGCAUGUGCGCAGAUGAAAACUGCACUAAAGAUGAGCUUGUACGAGCCUUCACAAGUGGCCAGUGCAAAGCGAUAAUAACCACUUUUACUCUACUGUCAAAAGUGAUGGCAGCAGCAAAAAGUUGCCCAUUCAUCAAGACUAUCAUUUGCAUCACUUCGUCGGCAGACCAGCUAUUACCAGAAGGAGUUGUAGCUUGGGAAGAUGUAAUGCAAACACAUACAGUACAAUUCGAAAAGUACAAAUAUAGCGGUAGUAACGCAGCCUUCAUACAGUAUCAAUCGGGAGUACCAGAAUCACGAAAUGGAAUAGUCAUGUCACAUAGUAGUAUCUCAACAAUGUUAGAUGUAAACUCAAAGUGAGU